CCAGCAGCAGGCAGGAGGUUGUGUUGUUAGCGCUGUGCUGUCAGCUGGGAGGAGGCUGGGCGGUUAUUUGGGGAGUAAAGCUGAGUUAUCUCUGUGUUGCUGAACUGUAGUGUAGUUUAGUGUUUGAGCAGGUUUGGUUUAUAGGUUAGUUGUAAUGUAGGUUAAGGAGAGAGGCUGUUCAGUGCUGGGUGAAGCAGCUGGAGUGUGGUGUUGUUAAUGGGAGAGAUCAGAGCUCAGAACAUCACAUGCCUCCUCUAAUCUGCUCUUUAACUGAAGCCGCAGCGAAACCCUCGAUAUUAUUAUUCAGAGUUCUGCACCUCAGCUGCCCGGAGACUCUUCAGGAGGAGUCCAGGGUCAUGUGUUAAACUACAGAGACAGUAAUGGAGGAGCUUGACCCAGAGGAGCAAUUCCUCCGGGAUGCCCGAAAUGGGAACCUGCAGGGGAUCCAGAAGCUUCUGAUGUCCAAAAUUAAGGAAGAAGUCAAAAUCGAUGUCAACUGUAAAGGCAAGAGCAAAUCCAAUUUUGGGUGGACGCCUCUUCAUCUGGCCUGUUACUUUGGCCACAGGGACGUGGUGGAGGAGCUUCUCAAGGCUGGAGCGGACGCAAAUCUGACGAACAAUGUAGGAGACACACCACUUCACAAAGCGGCCUUCACAGGAAGAAAGGAGGUGGUCAUGUUGCUUCUUCAGUACGAUGCCUGCCCUGCAGUCAUCAAUGGGACGGCGCAGAUUCCUAAAGACAUCACUCGCAAUGAGGAGGUCAGGAGCAUGUUAGAGGCUGCUGAACGGACUGAGGAGAGGAAGCUGGAGCAGCAGGUGUUGGAAGCAGCGCGAGAGGGAGCCACAACCACUCUCCUAAAACUGCUAAACAGGGAAAAACCUCCCAAUAUCAACUGCACAGACCUGCUGGGGAACACGCCUCUACACUGCGCUGCUUACAGGGCCCAGAAACAGUGUGCGGUUAAACUUCUGCAGAAUGGAGCCAACCCCAACAUCAAGAACAAAAACGGUCAGACUGUGUUUGACCUGGCGAAAGACGCUGAGUUGAGGAUGAUCCUAGAGGGCAAUAUAAGUAAGGGUUUGCGGCGUUAUGUUCAGAUAUUUGAAGGUCCUCUCUGGAAGAGCACCAGGUUCUUUGGAUGGCGUUCCCACUGGGUAGUUCUUCAGGACGGAGUGCUGUCUUGGUACCCUACACAGUCAGACGCAGCUUCCACCACUCAGAGGCAAGGCUGUAAACCCCUGACACAAGCCCAGUGUAGUAUUAAGGAGAAGUGCUAUUUUACAGUGAAGUGCUUCGACGACAGCAUCCUUCACUUUAAAGUUUCACCAAAAAGUGAUCCUGAAGGUGCCAGAAAAAAAUGGUUGGAUGCUAUAGAAGAGCACUCUGCCUUCAGCACUCAUUACUGCUCACAGGAGCAGGCCAGUGAGGAAGACGAGGAUGAGGUGAUGAAACCAGGGGAGCUCACCGAUUCAGUGCUGCACGCUGAGACAUGCCACGGGAAGUUGGAGGCUGAUGUUUUGGCUCUUCUUUCUAUGCUGAAAGAAGAUGGACUCUCUGAACGUCUUCCAGCUGCUGUUCUACAGAAGCUGAGGGAAGUGUGUGAGGCGUCCAACGAGACCUGCUCAGCCCUCCGCCAGUGCCUGGACCUCUUCUCUAAACAGCAGGGGGCAUGCAGUCUGAAACUAGAACAGGAAGUGGAGAAGAAUAAGAUCCUGUCUGAAGCUCUGCAGACUCUGGCCACAGAGCACCAUGAGCUGGAGCAGUCUGUGGUGCGAGGCUCUCCCCCUCGCAGUGCCGUGGUUAGCGAAGACGACUUCUACGACGCUGUUUCUGAUUCAGACUCUGAGAAAUCGUACGGGGGCCUGGAGGUCAGCUGCUCGCUUGAGGACGGGGACGAGAACAGGUCCGAGCUUUACUGCAGCGUCCGUAGCUGUUUUACCGGGAGGAUGUCUCAGGAGGAUCGACGAGGUGAUGAAGAGGAGGAAGACGAGGGGACCAGAGUCAAUGGAGUCAAGAGGCACAGAACAAGUUUGCCUGCUCCCAUGUUCUCCAGAAAUGACUUCAGCAUUUGGAGUAUACUGAGGAAGUCAAUCGGAAUGGAACUGUCUAAGAUUACCAUGCCGGUCAUCUUCAACGAGCCGCUCAGCUUCUUACAGAGACUUACGGAGUACAUGGAGCACACCUCUCUCAUCCACCAAGCUAACAAAUCCACAGACUCCAUUGAGAGAAUGAAGUGUGUGGCAGCGUUUGCAGUGUCUGCAGUGGCGUCUCAGUGGGAGAGGACUGGAAAACCGUUUAACCCACUGCUGGGAGAGACCUAUGAACUGGUCAGAGAGGAUUUGGGUUUCCGGUUGAUAUCAGAGCAGGUGAGCCAUCAUCCUCCAGUCAGUGCUUUCCAUGCAGAAGGCAUGCAGAAGGAUUUUGUCUUCCAUGGCUCAAUUUACCCCAAGCUGAAGUUCUGGGGGAAAAGUGUGGAAGCUGAACCGAAGGGCACCAUAACUCUGGAGCUACCUAAGUAUAAUGAAGCGUACACAUGGACAAACCCGACGUGUUGUGUUCACAACAUCAUAGUAGGGCAGCUGUGGAUCGAGCAGUAUGGCAAUGUGGAGGUGAUUAAUCACAGAACUGGAGAGAGGUGCUGCCUCAACUUCAAACCGUGUGGUCUUUUUGGGAAAGAACUGCACAAGGUUGAAGGCUACAUUCUAGACAAAAGCAAAAAGAAAGUGUGUAUGCUGUAUGGGAAAUGGACAGAGUGCAUGUACACAGUAGACCCGGCAGCGUUUGAAGCUCACAAGAAGAAUGAUAAGAAGGUCACAGAGGAGAAGAAAAGCAGCAAACAGGGAUCCAGUGCUGAGGCCGAGGAGAGCCCACAGCAAGGAGGCGACUCUCUGGAGGUGAUUCCAGGUAGCCAGCUCCUGUGGAAGAUCGACCCCCGACCAGCUAACUCUGCUCAGAUGUACAGUUUCACCUCGUUUGCCAUGCAGCUGAAUGAACUGGAUGAAGAGAUCGAGGCUGUGAUUCCUAAAACAGACUGCAGACUUAGACCUGACAUUCGUGCCAUGGAGAAUGGAGACAUUGACCAGGCGAGUCAGGAGAAGAAGCGUCUGGAAGAGAAGCAGCGAGCAGCACGGAAGAACCGCUCCAAGUCUGAUGAGGACUGGAAGGCGAGGUGGUUCCAUCAAGGUCCGAACCCCCACAACAAUACUCCAGACUGGCUGUUCUCCACCGCUUACUGGAGCCGGGAUUAUUCCGAAGUGCCUGAUAUUUACUGACCCAGCACCUUCCAGCUGAGCUCUGGGCCUUGUGGAUGAAAAGCAGCACUCCUUUAACUCAUUUCAUUCUGUUACAAGCUGUUUCUGACCGAGUGCACAUACAUUUUCCCUUACUGACUCACUACUCCAUACAGAUAAACCAUGAGAGCAGAUCAUCAGAAUCACUGAUUACCAUGAGUUGGCCUUAAUAAUGUCUAUAAUAUAGCAAUAAUGAACAUCAGGAAGAGUACCAAUCAGUAUCCCUCCAGUGCAGACAGCUGACAUGUAAAUAAGGAACAAAUGCAUUUGGCCCAUCUUGUUUUGUAUCAAAUAUAUCAAAAUGAUAAAUUCUUAAUCAGUGAUCAGAGCAACAUGUUCAUAUAUAUAUAUUUUUAUCUAUGCACAUGUUUAAAUACAGCAAUGGCUGGAGGUGCUGCAGUCACUGCUUACUGCUGCUGCUCCUUAUUUCAGUCUUAUUUUUUUAUAAGAUGCCUCUUUCCGUUUCACUAAUGGACUAAACAGUCCUGUGUUUUAGAGAUUUUACUGUGGAUACAUCUUUUAGUUAAAUAUGGGUUAAAUAUGGAAUUGUUGUAGUGAUGUGUUUGAAUAUGUGUAUGUGUUUAUGACUGUAUGAAUGAGUGAGCGCAUGAGUUUUCUCAAAAACCCAGGAAUGUGAAAUACUACUGUAUAAACUGCAGUGUACAUUAUGUUGGCUGUAGUUGUUUCGGACCAUUGAAGUGUGUAGUUCACUCUGAUCAUCUUAACCCGUAUCAAGUUUAAAUUCUUGUUUAUUUUACAGAUUUACUUCAAAUAGUGUAAAUUAUUCAUUGGAAGUAUGUUGUGUAUAUUAGCAGACUGAAAAGCUACAUUUACAUCAUUGUGAAAUAAUAAAACCCUGUAAUCAGACAUAA